CUAUAAUUACAAAAGGCUUACGUGUUUGCUAUGGGUCCAGUUUACCGGCGAUAGUACUGCCAUCGACUUGUAAUAAAUUCCGCCCCUUUUAUAGAGCAUAUUCAGUCACUCAAAAACAAGUGCCUAAGAAAAUGGCAGCAGAAAAAAUGUUGCCUCAAAUUUUUAGAUUCGUUGAUCAGAACGUGGAAUCGUAUAAGGCUCUCUUAAAAGACGCUGUAGCAAUUCCAUCAGUGUCGAGCGAUCCUAAAUACCGUGAUGACUGUAUACGUAUGGCACAUUGGAUGCAGGAUAAAUUAAAGGAAGUUGGUGCUUCAACGGAGCUCAGAGACGUUGGUUCCCAGACGAUAGACGGUAAAGAGAUUCAGCUACCUCCCGUACUUGUCGGCAGUCUAGGAAACGAUCCUAAGAAGAACACAAUUUGCGUAUAUGGACAUUUGGAUGUUCAGCCAGCUCUUAAAUCGGAUGGUUGGGAUUCGGAGCCGUUUGAGCUGGUCGAAAGAGAUAAUAAGCUUUAUGGACGAGGAUCCACUGAUGACAAGGGACCAGUAUUAGGCUGGUUGCAUGCUAUUAAUGCAUACAAAGGUAUUGGUGAGGAGCUGCCAGUUAACUUAAAAUUCAUAUUUGAAUGCAUGGAAGAAUCUGGAUCGGAAGGAUUAGAUGAAUUGCUGAUGCAGAAAUUAAAACCAGAGGGUUUCUUUGACACAGUGGACUAUGUCUGCAUAUCUGAUAACUAUUGGUUGGGAACAACAAAACCAUGUAUUACAUACGGAUUAAGGGGCAUCAGCUACUAUUUUCUUGAAGUUGAAUGUGCUAAAAUGGACCUCCACAGUGGCGUGUAUGGUGGCACUGUUCAUGAAGCAAUGUCAGAUUUGAUUUAUUUAAUGGACACACUGGUGGACAAAGAUGGAAAGAUACUUAUCACAGAUAUCUAUAAGUCUGUUGCCCCUCUGACUGAAAGUGAAAAGAAACUGUACGACUCGAUCGACUUUGAUCCAGAGGCUUACAGGAAUUCGAUCCAGGCUCAUAAACUAGCACAUAAUGGCGUAAAGGAACAACUUCUUAUGCACCGCUGGCGUUUCCCUAGUCUCUCUCUGCAUGGUAUUGAAGGAGCCGCUUUCCAGCCCGGAGCAAAAACAGUAAUUCCAGGAAAAGUAAUCGGCAAAUUCUCUAUUCGUAUUGUGCCAAACCAGGAGCCUGAAGAGGUUGAGCAGCUUGUGUUCGCCUACAUUAACAAAAAGUGGGCGGAGCGCGGCUCGCCCAACAAGAUGCGCAUCACGGCUCAGAGCGGGCGCGCGUGGACGGAGAACCCCGACCACCCGCACUACCAGGCCGCCGCCCGAGCUACUAAGCUCAUCUACCAGACGGACCCGGACAUGUCGCGCGAGGGCGGCUCCAUCCCCGUGACGAUCACGCUGCAGCAGGCGAGCGGCCGCAACGUGCUGCUGCUGCCCAUGGGCGCCGGCGACGACAUGGCGCACUCGCAGAACGAGAAGCUCAACGUGCGCAACUACGUCGAGGGCAUUAAACUUUUCGCUGCCUACUUGUAUGAAGUUGGAAAACUUCCUAAGUGAAACAAGAAGUCGACGUAAAUAAUUUUGUAUUGGAUCCAGAGAGUGGAUACGUUUAUAUUUUACGAUCAUUGUUGUAUUGUUUUAUUAUCAGAUUUACAUGUAACCUGAAAGUUUUAAAUGUUACUGACAUUCCGCACUAAGUACAAUAUGUAUUCGUUUAUGACAUGCUACGUGCCUUAUAAUUUAUGAAGCAUAAUACAUCUAAACAUUUAAAAGUAAAUACAAUAUUUUCAUUUAAAUCUGAAAUAUAAUAAUUAAAAAAUAUUAUAAAUGCAUUUUUAAAACAUUGUUAAAAAAACUUAUACUUUAUGUUAGUUAUACUUGUAUAAGUUUCAUAUUAUUUGCAUAAUAUUUUUGUAAUUUUUGCUUUGCUAGGUUCCAAAGCUUGUAUUUUUAUAUAAUUUUUUCGCAUAAUAAAAGUUUGUUAAUUUAG